GAACUAAUUUGGUUUUAUGUCUUUGUCACCCUUCUCUGUUCUUUCUCUUCUUUUACUUGACUUUUUUCAUUAUUCUUUACGUCUCAUACAAUGUCAGACACUUCUGAUUAUAGUGCUGAACAGCUCUAUGAAAGAGGAAAAGAACUCUACUGGCGCGAAGAAUUCGACUUGGCCUUGGAAAUUUUUAUGGAUGCCAUUGAUCAAUAUCAUCACCCAAACUCUUAUUACUAUGUGGGGAUUAUGCACCGCAAAGGAGAAGGCACCGCGAAGAAUUAUGCCAAAGCUCUAAAGUAUUACAUAAAAGCUGUAAAAAAAGGAGUAACGGCUGCCGUAAUGCCUAUCGCCCACAUAUUUUAUUCUGGCGGAUUUGGCGUUCAUCAAGAUUACAGAAAGGCAAUGAAAGUAUAUCUAUUUGCUGAUUCAAUUGCGUCCGAGUUUUAUGAUUCUGACAUAUCCAAGGCACAUUAUUUUAUUGGAACGAUGCACUAUAAUGGAUAUAGUACUCGUAUUGAUUAUAAUUCGGCUCUGAUGUGGUUCAAAUCUAGCGCAAAUAAUGGACAUAUGAAAGCUGCUUGUGGAGUGGCUAUAAUUUACCUAAACGGCAAUGAUGUCCCACGACAACCCAAGUUAGGCUUCAAAUGGCUGUUAAAAGCAGCUAAAGGAGGAAUAACAGAAGCACAAGAGGCUAUGGUAUAUUUUUAUCAAAUGUACAAUGAUCCACGCGACUAUAAAAAGUUAUUGUACUGGUUUAAAAAAUAUGCAGAUGCCCCCAAAAAAAAAACUAAGUUUUAUCGCAGUUUCUUUGAAAUGCAAUAUAUGGUUGGAAUUAUUUAUAAACGCGGACUCGAUGUUCCUGUUGACUUGAAUUUGGCUUUGCAUUGGAUCAAAAAAUCUGCGGCUGGUGGUUUUGAGUCGGGUAAACUAGAAUUAGGUUUGAUGUGUUAUUUUGACGGAAUAUUUGGCCCGAAGCAAGAAGUAGCAGGCAUGGAGUGGCUGAUAGAGUUAGCAAUUGAGGGGCAUACGUACGCACAGACUGAGCUAGGCAAUCGCCUUUGUCAAGAUUCCUCAGUAUUUUGUAACUAUGAAUUGGCGAUGCACUUGUUUAAAAGAGCGGAAAAGCAUAACGGUAAUAGCAUAGCCCAGUAUGGAAUAGGAAAUAUGUAUAAACAAGGCUGGGGUGUUGUAAUAGAUUAUGAUAUUGCGUUCAAAUGGUUUAAAAAGGCUGCAAAACAGAAGAAUUCAAAAGCACAACAUGCACUGGGAAGAAUGUACGCUGAAGGCAAAGGCAUACUACAAAACUGGAAGAAAGCCGUAUAUUGGUACAAGACGUCUGUAGGAACUGAUGAUAAUCCAGAGGCUCAGUAUGAUCUUUCACAAUGCUAUUACCAAGGUCAAGGUGUUCCAGAAAACACAAGUUUGGGGUUAAAAUUACUUAAAAAAUCGGCGGAACAAGGAAAUAGCAAGGCCCAAGAUAGACUUCGUAAGAUGUAUGACAAAGGAGAGUUUACAGAAACGAAUUCGCGUGAAGAGUUGGCGUUGCUUCUAAAACCUGCUGAAAAUGAUGUAAACAGUGAUUCUUUAUACACCAUUGGAAAGAUGUUUCACAGUGGUUCUAUUGUCAGAGAGAAUUUCGUCUUAGCUUUUGAGUACUAUGCGAGGUCAGCUGAAAAGGGCAACAAAGGUGCCAUCGAAGGAUUGAAACAAUUGCAACUAGAUGAAAGUAUAGCUUCUGUAAACAAGGGUCCAGACGACAUAGAUUUUAUAUUAUCAUCUUUAAAAAUUAUUUCCAAUCAAAAUACUGCUGCACAGAGAAAAAUUGAUAAAGCCAUAUUCUUCCGUGUGGAAAACACCCGUAGCGCUAUUCUGCUCGAAACUGAAGAGAGUCCCAAGUUUUUCCAUGUAGAAAAUACGAAAACUACCGUGAUCAAUAACAAGGACGAAGGAACCCACUUUUUUCAUGUGAAAAAUGCCAAACCUGCCAUCGCUAAAACCAGAUCAAGAGCUUCCCUGUUCUCCCGUAUCACUAAAGUUAGAUAAUAAAAGCCAAUAUUAGUCAUAGCUCAACAGAUAAAAAAUAAG